CGACGCCAAAGCUGCAGUGUGGGGGAGCAGCUCCAAAUUCCCCAUCCCCACCACGCGCUGAGCUCCGCAUCGUCCAAGCAACCUUUCCCGCGAUCGUGGAACGCAGACAACUGCGCGGGCCAACAACCAUGGCGACCGAAGAUGCGCGGUACCGGCAGUCCUCGCAGUACCAGUUGUGGUCCUUUUCGCCGUCCCAGCUAGCAGCCAUGCGCGAGAAGACGAAUGCCGCCGCUCGAGCCAGAAUCGCAGAGCGUCUCGCCUCCCAGCCGGCGUCCUCCAGAAACACAUCCGCGCCGACGUCGAGCGCGAACACUCCCGACCCCGACGGCGCUUCCACCCCCGCGUUGCCCGAGUUUCUCACGCCCGCCGAAGAAGCCCUGCUGGUGACCUUUUACGUAUCCGAGCUGUUGCGCGCCGGCGACCACGCCGAGAUGACCGACGAGAUCAAGGCCACGGCUGCCGCUUUCUUCAGGCGCUUCUACGUGACGAACAGCAUCAUGACGUAUCCGCCGACAGAGAUGUUGAUUGUCGCCCUGUUCUUUGCUUGCAAGGCCGAGGGCGCGUUUCCAAGCAUAACAGACUUUGGGAAGACCUUCGGCAGAGAAAAUCCGGAGGAGAUCUUAGCCGGCGAGUUCCUCCUUUGCCAGGGGCUACGGUUCGCCAUCGACGUGAAGCAUCCCUUCCGGGCCCUUCGGGGAGCCGUGAUGGAGUUGUCCACCUUGCCCGGGAUUGAGCCCGCGCGCCUCACCGCAGCCGAGCACCGCGCCCGCGAGAUCCUCCGCUUCAGCCCACUCAUGACCGACGCCUACUUCCACUACACCCCCAGUCAGAUCAUGCUUGCCGCCCUCUCCCUCGCCGACCGCGGCCUGGCCGAGCGCCUCAUAACCGAAACUUUCCACUACGUCGAACCGCCCGCCAACAACAGCGGCGCCGACACCCCGGCCUCCUCCGGCCCUGACGCGCCAGCUGCCCCGAAACGCACAGCCCCCCGCAGCAGCGGCGGUGGCGGCAGCGGCGAGGAUAGAGCGCAGAUCAUCGGCUCCCACAUCCGCGACAAGGUCCUCGGCGCCAUAGAAGCGUGCAGGGACAUGCUCUCGAAGGAACUGCCCGAGCGGAGGGAGCAUUGGACAAAUCGAGCGGUAAUCAAAGCCCAGAUCACUCCGAUCCGCAAGAAACUCAACAAGUGCCACGACCCGGAGCGGUGGAACCUGGUCGAGCUGCAGCGCGCGCGGCGCGAGCAGGCGAGUCGGCGGGCCGACUCGGAGGACCGGGACCCGGCCGAGGGCAGGGGCGGGGGCAAGGGCGGCACGCUGGAGGACGACGCCGCCGUGUUUGGCGCGCCGCUGCCGCUGUCGCAGGCGUCGAGGGAUCCCAAGAGGCGGAAGGUUGGCGGGGAGGCGGAGCGGAAGGGGUUGGACGAUCCCUUUGGGCCGCCUUUGUGAGUGCAGUUUGAGGAUGGUGCGGUUCUGGGGAGGCAGGGGGUGGCUGCAUCAAGGGGGUUUGUUGCUUUUCACAUCUGAUUUCAGCUCAAAGCGGGGGCCGCCUGGUUGGUUGCA